GUAACCACAAGAAGAUAUUCAUUUGUUAAUUUUGCUGGGACUCUGAAGGUAGCUGAAGGUUCCAGGUGUGUAGCAGGUGGGAAGGUAGUGCAGCAGGGUCAAGGAAAAAGGAAGAUAGGUUCCGGACUUCCCAAGUUGGAACAAGAUUUAGUUCCCAUUAAAAACCUUUUUAACAAUGGUUUAAAAAAAAAAAGGCAUUUCAAGUACAUUAUAGGGUAAAUGGGGCCCUGGUAGUGCAGUGGUUAAGCGAUUGGCUGCUAACCAAAAGGUCAGCAGUUAGAAUCCUCCAGCUGCUCCUUGGAAACCCUAUGGGUUAGUUCUACUCUGUCCUAUAGGGUCGCUAGGAGUCAGAAGCAACUUGAUGGCAACUGGUUUGGUUUAGUUUUAUAGGGUAAAUAGAAGUUUUUGGACUGGCCUAAGGCUGUGACUGUCUCUGAUCUUCUUUGUGUUAUAAGAAUAUAUAUUCUUUAUUCCAAAGCAACUUCUGAACCAUAACUUAAUAAGUUGAAUUAGAGGACAGUUCAGUGAGUUAUUAUUGAAUCUAUGCAUAGUCUUCAUUACCUUGAUGAUUGACCCAAGCUCUGAUAAUAGCCUUAGAAAGAACCCAACCAAAAACCCAUUGCAUUCAAGUUGAUUUCAACUCAUAGCAACCCUAUAGGACAGGGUAGAGCUACCACUUAGGGUUUCCAAGGCUGUAAUCUUUAUGGAAGCCAACUGCCACAUCAAGUGGCUGGUGGGUUUGAACUGCUGAUCUUUGGCUUGGCAGCGGAGUGCUUAACCACUGUACCACCAGGACAGAGACAGAGGGCUCCUUUAGAAAGAACAAAACCCUGUUUUUGAGAGUCUACCUCAGAAAAACCCACUGCCAUCGAGAUUCCGACUCAGUGAUCCUAUAGGACAGAGUAUAACUGCCCCAUAGCGUUUCCAAGGACCGCCUGGUGGAUUCGAACUGCAGACCUUUUGGUUAGCGGUGGCUUUUGACCACUACACCACCAGGGUUUCGUCAACCUCAUAGCAUCUGUUUAUAAGUGAACCAACCCAUGUUCUUUUUGUCCCUUUGGGGGACAUUUUUUAAAGUUAUACUGCUUGAAAACCUACCCCAUAAGGAAAAAAAAAGGCAUUAGACACGCAUUCAGUGUGGUCUAUUGAAGCAAGUCCAUUCAAGUUAGAGGGUGGGCCUUUUAGUGGUUGUCCAGGCAGUGAAAGAGACCUUCGUGAAAUCAGGGAGUGUGUGCUUAUACUGAAACACCUGUCUUUAAAGGUCACCACUACCUGUCUUCACUCUCUGUCCUCUAUAGUAUUUGAUAAUCAUUUAUUUAACAAGCGUCUGUGUGCCUAAUAUAUAUCAAGACUCUGAGAGGCCUUGGGGAUAUAAAGUUGAACAAGACAACAUAACUGCCUUCAAGUAGUUACCUAGAAGAGGAGGCCAGUAGUUAUAAAAAAAAGACAAGAGAUGCAAGUUGAGAGGAGAAUACUUUUUUAAAAAAAACCAUGUCCUGCUUGAAACUAUACCUUUGGUUCAAAUUUCGCUUGGAACACUCCAUCGCUGGCUCUUCUGCCUUGUUCCGUAAAUCUAGGUGUUGCAGAAGGUUCAGUUUUCAGCUCUCUCUCUACUUUCUCUUGGUAUCAUCCAUUGUUAUGGUGCUAAGAAGUUCAAGAAAUACUUGUUGAGUGCUUAAUAUGUGGGAAGAGUGGGGCAGGCACAAAUAAUACCCUAAAUUGUCUUCUGUCCUGACUGCAAAAUUCCCCUUGGGCAACACCAUGAGAUAAAUGACUCCCCAUCUUUAGAGGUAAAUUCAAGCAGGGAUACAGUAUAAUCCAUGCAUUUACCGGAAGUUCUAAAUCAAAUAACUUAGGUCUAAGAUCUGCACCUGCCUACAGGACACAUUUGGAAUUGCCACAAUUUCCUCAACACAAAAAAUAAACAUAAGAUUUCUUCACCUCUACUCCUCACUUCAAGUUCUCUAGUUCUGUUAACAGCUGUACUGUUUUUAUAGUCUCCCAGGCUGAAGGCCAUAAUAAUUUUCCACCGCCUUGGAAGUCCUAUGGGACAGCUCUACUCUGUCCUACAGGGUUGCUAUGAGUUGGUAUCAACUUGAUGGCAGUGGGUUUGUUUGGUUUUUUGGACCCUCACCAGUUUCAAGAGCCUGUCCAGCUGUCCUUUACAGUUAUUAUCACUAUGUUCAUGCAGGCUUUCAUCCUGGUAUUUGCAUUGUUCUGUUAAGCCUCCUACUUUGAGUCCCUGCCUCCAGCUCUGCUCUCCAAGAGGAUCCACACUGCAGGUCUCAAAAUAUAAUCAUCUUAUUGCAUCCCUACACAUAAGUUUCAGUAACUCCAAAUUACCUGCAGAGUUACAUUGGUAUUCCACAAUCCGCAGCCAGUCCAUUCUCCCAACCACAGCCUGUUUUGUUCAAGGUAUGGGGCAUGCCGGGACGCUUAUUAGUUGGGUGGGCCCCUUCCGUGCCGGAACACCACCUGGCUUCUCACAGCUCCAAGGAGCAACACCUGUCUUACAUUCCUGAAGGUGUUCUAGAAAGCCCCUGGUUCACAGUAAUCUGGCCCUCCGCAUACCUGUAGCUCUUAAUUCAGUUACACCAACAACUUUAGGGUAUCAGUUAUUGCUGGGCUGCAGUGUGUCACUCACUGCCACUUAUUUGUGGCCUCGUUUGCUUUUUACCUUUUCAUCAAAGUGGAUUGCACCGAGAGCUCCUGGGGCUUGGGCCAGGUCCUCUCCCGCUUCAGUAAGUGCAUAAUUGAAUUAGUGUGUUCUCUUUUCAGAGGCUGCCUCACCCUACCCCCAGCCUGGCUCAAACUGAACAGACCAGAGUUUACUAGUAGCAGAAUCUGACCCCCUGCGCCAGAACUGCGCAGUCACAGGCCAGUUGAGGCAGGCUUGAUAAAUACCCAAAAUGCUAUGAGAACACGUUCUCCAUCGCGCAGUCCGAGUCCUCCGCUAGCUUUUCUCCGCGGCGCGCGUGGGCGGUGGUGGCCCUCCAGCUAGGGCCACUUUUGGCCCUUCGCAGCUGCCGUCCACAGUGCUCCGCUGAGCCCGAAAGCCCUUAGAGAGGGCCGGCAACGUCUGGCCGCACCUGAGCCCUGACUUGGGCUCCCUCCGCGCAGGCUCUUUGUCCCGGCUUAUCUAGGGGCUCUGAGGCGCGGAGAGCAAAGGCCCGGGCCUGGGCGGAGACCGUGCUGGGGAACCAGAGCGCCGCUUCUCCCUCCGGAGAGUGUGGGGGGGAGCGCGCCCUCCGUCGAGACCCCUGCCCGUGGGGUCCCGCCCUCGGGGCUCACGGCCGGUACGCCGCUCAGAGGCCCCUACUACGGCUGCCUUUGCAUUGGAUCCAGCUGCACUCCGCCUGCCGCGCCGGGGUCCCCGAGCCUGGCGAGGGUUUCUCUUCAGCGCUGCCCGAGUGCGCCCCUGGCCAUGAGCUGGAUCGGGAGCCCGCCCCGAGUCUCUGCGUCCCGGUUUCGCGGGAAGGCCUGUCAUUACUGACCCUGGUGUGCCGCGCUAUAGGGAGAAGCGGACUUUGAAGGGCAGCUGGCGCCCUCUUUCCCUGCCAGAGUCUGUUCACCUCUUGGCGGAAUGGUUAUAGCUGUGCCCCCGCCCGCGGCCCAGCCGCUGCCACUUCUUGGCUUUAUGACCCCAGCGGGGCCCUUUUAGCAGGAAUGCCGCUGAGCAAAAUGAAUUAAGGGUCCGUCUUCUCAAUUCCCAGACUGUCACGAAUUUGAACACUUUAUGGAGUUGUUUAAGCUAGUAUAAUGGUUAAAAGGACGGGCGCUUGGGGCUGAUUGGGGUUCAUAUCACAGCCUAGUCGAUUUCCUUCUCUAAAACUGGGAUAAUAAUAGUACUUACCUUAUAGAGCUAUUGUGAGAAUUAAAUGAAAUAAUAUAGUUCAAAUGCACAGAGCGAAUCGCAGCUCUUACUUUUGUGGUUAGGGCUUCUUUCCCCAGGAAGGAGUCCUGGUGGCGCAGUGGUAAAAGUGCUCGGCUGCUUACCGACAGGCAGUUCGACUUGACGGUAGUGGAUUUGGUUUUGUUUUUUCCCCCCACAAACGUGAAAAUGGCUGUGUUGGCUGUGACCAGCAGAUGGCACUGGUGACUGUAGAGUGUGGUGUGCAGUUCGUCAUAGGAUACGUGAUGUGUCCUCACGUCUUCGGCGGCCCCGUGGAAAGCUUGGCUUAAUUGGCAGCCUUAAACUUCCUUCACGCUGGAAAGCACCUUAGAGAUUAAGUAAUACUACUUUCUAUUUGUGUGGCUGAGACUGACCUAUGGUUUGCUCAAGCAGGUCCCAGUGGGUCCCAUGUUUCCUUCCUCAAAUUCAGUGUUACUUUUUUUUUUUUAAUUUUUAAUCUUUCUGCCACUUUGGGAGCUUAUUGGAAUGGAACCUUGCAUUACAUUAGAUUGGAUAUGGAUGGCUGCAUUCAUCCAACAAAUAUGUAUUAGGCACCUACUAUGUGCCACACAUUGUUCUAGACACUAGUUAUAACAUGAUGAACAAAGCAGACACAGUGCUACCUCUUAGGGAGCUUACAUAUUAGUGGGAGAAACCAACAUUGUAAAUGCAUACAUAAUUAUAAAUUGCUAAGAACAAAAAAAAUUGAGGCUGUUUUUGAAUGAGUGCUCAGAGAAGGCCUCUCUGAGGAGGUGAGAAGUUGAGCCCCGAAGGACAAGAUAAAGAGCCAGUCAUUCAGAGAACGAAGGGGAUAGAUAUACGUAUGUUGUGAAGUGCUGUCAAAUUGAUUUUUGACUUAUAGCAACCCUAUGUGACAAUAUAAUGAUAGGGCUUUCUAGGCUUUUCAGAGGGUUAAGUGCUACAGCUGCUAACCAAAAAGUCAGCAGUUCAAAUCCACCAGCUGCUCCUUGGAAAACCUUUGGGGCAGUUCUCUGUCCUACAGGGUUGCUAUGAGUUGGAAUUGACUUGAUGCCAAAGGAUUUGGUUUGGUUUUGGUUCUUAAUCUUUACAGGAAGCAGACUGGGUGGGUUUGAACUACCAAUUUUUGGUUAGCAGUCUGACGUUUAACCACUGCACCACCAGGGCUCCUUAGGUAUUGGUAUAGGGAGCAGCAUUUGCAAAAUGGGGAAAGACCAGGAAAUGAAAAAAGGCUAGUGUGACAGGAGCAAAAUGAAUAAGGGGGAAAGUAAUGAGAGAUGAGGUUAGCAUGGUAGGCUGGAGCCUUUGGGCAGGGCUGUGGUAAGAAGUUUGAACUUUAUCCUGAGUGUGAUGGAAGCCGUUGAAAGAUUUUAAGCAUGGGCAUGCCAAAAUCCUGUUUCUGAUUUUUAAAGUUUAUUUCUGCUGUUAUUUAGAGAAUGAGUGAGGAUGGCAGAGUAGCUAGGAGACAACCAGCUGGGAGACUAUUGUAAUAAUCCCAGUGAGAGAUGAUGGCAUCUUCAGGUAGGGUGGUGGCAGUGGAGAUGGAGAAAAGUUAAAGUAGACAGAUUAAAAUAUAUUUUCAAGGUAAAAUAUGGAGCAUUACUGAAGGUGUUCUAGAAAGCCCCUGGUUCACAGUAAUCUGGCCCUCCGCAUACCUAUAGCUCUUAAUUCAGUUAAAUCAACAACUUUAGGGCAUCAGGUAUUGCUGGGCUGCAGUGUGUCACUCACUGCCACUUAUUUGUUGCCUCGUUUGCUUUUUACCUUUUCAUCUAAGUGGAUUGCACCGAGAGCUCCUGAGGCUUGGGCCAGGUCUUCUCCUGCUUCAGUAAGUGGAUAAUUGAAUUAGUGCGUUCCCUUUUAGACAUCUUUGCUGUAUGCAAGUGGAGGUACUUAGUUAGCGAUUUUAUAUAAGAGCUUGGAGCUCCAGGAGAGAUUACUGUUGGUGAUAUAAAUUUUUGAGUCAUCAGCAUAUGGUUGAUAUUUAAAGCCAAAGGAAUGGAUGAGAUCACUGAUAUAUUAUUUGAUUUAAUGGUUGUCAUCACCAUUGGUCCUGUGGCAACCAAUGUGAUUGAAUAUCCUUUUGAGUUUAAAUAAUUAUAUUUUAGUAAUUGGGUAAAUGAGCUGUCUUUACAGAUCUACAAAUGGUCAUGUAUCUGUCACCCUGUGUUGUCCUGAAAUCCCCUAUCCUGUGGUGGAGAGAAAGAAACAAGAUCCUGAUCCUGUGUCCACAGAUGCUCCUCAAAUCUGACCGUUGAAUUUGCUGGUUUCUAUUUUCAGUGGGCUGAAGGCCAUGUUAGCUUUUUUUUUGCCACACACAGGACAGAUAAUGAAGCUGAAGGAACUUGAGCGACCAGCCAUCCAAGCGUGGAGCCCAGCUAGCCAGUACCCUAUGUAUCUGGCCACAGGUACAUCUGCCCAGCAGCUAGAUGCCACCUUUAGCACAAAGGGCAUAUUGGAAAUCUUUGAGGUUGAUUUCAGGGACCCGUCUCUGGACCUGAAAUGCAGGGGAGUCCUUUCUGCUUCCAGCAGGUUUCACAAGCUGAUCUGGGGGACCUUUGGCAAUGGGCUUCUGGAAGGCUCCGGGGUUAUUGCAGGCGGCGGGGACAAUGGCAUGCUUACCCUAUACAGUGUGACCCACAUCCUGUCUUCAGGGAAGGAGCCUGUGAUUGCCCAGAGACAGAAGCACACGGGGGCUGUCAGAGCCCUCGACUUUAAUCCCUUCCAGGGCAACCUCCUAGCCUCAGGGGCCAGCGAUUCUGAAAUCUUCAUUUGGGAUUUGAAUAACCUGAGUGUGCCAAUGACCCCAGGAUCUAAGUCACAGCAGCCCCCGGAAGACAUCAGGGCACUUUCUUGGAACCGGCAAGUCCAACACAUUCUGUCUUCUGCUCAUCCCAGUGGCAAGGCAGUUGUGUGGGAUCUCAGGAAGAAUGAACCCAUCAUCAAAGUCAGCGAUCACAGCAACAGGAUGGACUGCUCCGGCCUGGCCUGGCACCCAGACAUAGCCACUCAGUUGGUGCUGUGCUCAGAGGAUGAUCGUCUCCCAGUGAUCCAGCUGUGGGACUUGCGCUUUGCCUCCUCACCGCUGAUGGUACUGGAGAGCCACGGCAGGGGGAUCUUGUCAGUGUCAUGGAGCCAGGCUGACGCUGAGCUGCUGCUCAGUAGCGCCAAGGACAACCAGAUCUUUUGCUGGAAUCUGGGGAGCCGCGAGGUAGUAUAUAAGCUACCUACACAGAGCAGUUGGUGCUUUGAUGUGCAGUGGUGCCCUCGGGACCCUCCAGUGUUCUCUGCUGCCUCCUGUGACGGCUGGAUCAGUUUGUACUCUGUGAUGGGUAGAAGCUGGGAAGUUCAGCAGAUGAGACAGGCUGACAAGAUCUUCUCUUCCUUCAGCAAAGGCCAGCCUCUCCUGCCAUUGCAGGUGCCAGAGCAGGUAGCCCAAGCAAUGCUGCUAUCAUCCCUGAAAAAGCCCCCCAAAUGGCUGAGAAGGCCAGCAGGCGUUUCAUUUGCUUUUGGGGGGAAGCUGGUUACCUUUGGCCUCCCCAGCACCCCUGCCCAUCAGAUGCCACAGCCUCGCCCCCACCUAGUCUUCAUCAGUCAAGUAACCACAGAAUCUGAAUUCCUGUUGCGGUCAGCUGAGCUGCAGGCAGCCCUGAGAUCAGGAAAUCUCCUGAAUUAUUGUCAGAACAAGAUCCAGCACAUGUCACUGCAGAGGGAAGAGAUGCUCUGGCAGUUCCUGAAGGUGACUUUAGAGCAAGACUCCAGGAUGAAAUUCCUAAGCUAUUAAAAAAAAAAAAAAAAGCUAUUAGGAUACAGUAAAGAUGAGUUGCAGAAGAAGGUGGCCACAUGGUUGAAGAGUAACUUGGGGCUGAGUGAGAGCCCUCAGCCUGAGGGAAGUGACCUCAACAGUACCAGACAACAGACCUUCUGCAGCCAGGCCUCCAAAUGUACCACAGAGGAAGCUUCUGCCUCCUCAGCCUUCUUUGACGAACUGGUCCCUCAGGACAUGACUCCAUGGGAGAUUCCCAUCAGAGAAGACACUGAUGGACUCCUGAGCCAAGCUCUCCUGCUUGGGGAUCUGGGCCCUGCUGUGGAGCUGUGUCUGAAGGAGGAGCGCUUUGCCGAUGCUCUCAUCCUGGCCCAGGCUGGGGGUGCAGAUCUGCUGAAGCAAACACAGGAGUACUACCUGGCCAAGAGGAAAACCAGAAUUUCCUCGCUUCUAGCCUGUGUUGUGCAGAAGAAUUGGAAGGAUGUGGUGUGUGCCUGUAGCCUGCAGAACUGGAAGGAGGCGCUGGCCUUGCUAUUGACUAAAAGGCCAAAAGAAUUCCCUGAGCUCUGUGACAUGCUGGGAACUCGAAUGGAGCAGGAGGGUGGCAGGGCAUUAACCUCCGAAGCCAGACUCUGUUAUGUGUGCUCAGGGAGUGUGGAGCGGCUGGUGGAGUCCUGGUCAAAAUGCCACCAGGCUGCAUCCCCCAUGGCACUGCAGGAUCUGAUGGAGAAGGUGGUGGUCCUCAACAGGGGCUUGGAGCUACUCUUGGGUCCCGAUGGGGUGACCCAAGGCCCUGCCACAGCCCACAGUAUCACUCAGUAUGCCAGCCUCUUGGCAUCCCAGGGCAGCCUGGCCGCUGCCAUGAGCUACCUACCCAGUGACUGUGCUCAGGCACCAGUUUGGCAGCUGAGAGAUCGGCUUUUUCAUGCCCAGGGUUCUAGUGUCUUGGACCAACAGUCUCUCCCCUUUCCUUUCCCCUGGGUUGUUGUGGGAGCUACCCCUCACUCUAAAGAGACAUCAUCUUAUAGAUUGGGAUUUCAGCCUUCUCAGAAGGUUUCAACUCUAUCUCCAAGGCCAAGAGUUUUCACUCCUCAGUCACCACCAGUGAUGCCUUUCAUACCUCCCCAUCCUAGCCCUUAUCAGGGCUCCAAAGCCCAGAAUAUAAGUGACUCCAGGGUACCUGGGCCCCAGGCGGCCCAGCUUUUGCCUCUGGGCUCUGGGGUAAGGCCCGCUCUAUCUCAGCCGCACUUCUUAGGAGGGCAAAGAACCCAAGCUCCUAACUCUAUGGGACUCCCUGGAAUGUGGCCUCUUCCUGGUCCCCCUCCACCCAUGGCAUCCCCAGACAUCAUGCAGCCUGGCUCUACUUCCCUGCCUGAGACUUCUCGGCUGUUCCCUCUGCUUCCUGUGAGACCACCAGGUCCCAGCCCUAUGAGCUCCCAGCCCCCACCCCCUCCUGUGAGCUCCCUUGUGGCAUACCCUCCAGGAGGGCUAGGUGCUCCGUACUCUAGUGCCCUCCCAACUACUGGCAUCUUGACUUCUUACCCAGGGACUCAAAAUUCCUGGAAAGAUGUGCCAGCUCCCAGGGGGAACCUCCAGAGGAAAAAGCUGCCGGAAACAUUUAUGCCCCCAGCACCAAUUACUGCUCCAGUUAUGAGCCUCACCCCUGAGCCACGAUGGGGCCUUUCCUCACAGCCUCCUGUUCCCGUUGUGGGUCAUGCUCCCCCUGCAGGAGAGCUCAGCCUGCAGCUUCAGCACCUACCACCUGAGAAGAUGGAAAGGAAAGAGCUGCCUCCAGAGCAUCAAUCCUUGAAGACCAGUUUUGAGGCACUUCUACAACGCUGCUACCUGUCUGCCACGGACUCAAAGACAAAACGGAAGCUGAGUGAGGCAGCCCAACGUCUAGAAUGUUUGUAUGAGAAGCUCUGGGAGGGGACUCUCUCACGUCAGGUUCUGGCUGGGCUCCACGAGGUGGCUCGGUGUGUGGAUACAGGAAGCUUUGAGCAGGGCCUUGUAGUGCAUGCCCAGGUGGUGGGCUGCAGCAGCUUCAGCGAGGUAUCCAGCUUCAUGCCUACCCUGAAGGCUGUCCUCACCAUUGCUCAGAAACUGCAGAUCUAAGCCAGACAACCUCUUUUGCCAGGAGGCCACUUCUGCUGUUAUUUAACUCCUUCGCUAAGAAAAGGGGAAUUUUGGAACAGAUUCUUUUCGCUUUUCCCAACCCUCUUCCCUUGCUGCCAGAUACGUGAUCCUAUAGACUUGACUGCAAACCAGCUGAGGGCCUGCCUUAGUCCCCUUUAUGCCUGGCCUUCUAAGAUCUGUGCAAGCCUCCCUCAGCUCCAGAGGCAGAGUCUAGGGCUAGUUCUUUGCUUUCUCUGGUACCACAUUCUGACAGAACCUAGGGCAGAAUAUCUUCUUCCCCAGGGAUAUUCUGUUUAAGUGGCUUCUGAGAGGGUGAACAGGAUUGUUACCUCCAAGUCUACCUCUGCUGUACCCAUCUUGUGGGUUUUUUUCUUUUUACCCUUCUGUGGUUAUGAGCCUGAUCUUACCCUCUCCCUACUUCUGACUUCCUAUUUCUAGGUCCAUAGUUCUCUGUAGCCCCGUAGAGUUGAUUUAUUUGAACAAGUCAUGGACAUGAGGAACAUGAAGUCAUGCUGAGCAGAACUGAGAGAGGGAACUUUUUUUCAAUGGUACUGCUCCUCUGCCAGCAUUAUUAAGGGUGGGCUAGGUCAGGUAGAAACCCUGGUGGCAUAGUGGUUAAGAGCUACAGCUACUAACCAAAAGGUCAGUAGUUCGAAUCUACCAGGUGCUCCUUGGAAACCCUAUGGGGCAGUUCUACUCUGUCUUAUAGGGUCGCUAUGAGUCGGAAUCAACUCGACAGCAAUGGGUUUGGGUUUUUUUGGUAGGUCAGGUGGAAGGUAUAAUGUGUAAGGGGUAUAUGUCUUUUGCUGGGAGCUGCCUGAGGCUAUGAGAUAGGAGCAGAGGGACCACAGCCUAUGAGGAACGGCCCUUGAUUCCAUCUGUGAAUGGGCCCUGGCCCAAGGCCCUAGACCAUUCUGUGAUUAUAAGCCUGAUUCUGGAAAAGGAGCCAUAUUAACAAAAGACUCUUCCAACACCACUCUUCAAGGAUUGGGGCCCCUUCUCUCCCUCAGCCACCAUAUAUUUCAGGGCUACCUUCUCUGGGUGCAUGUUCGUGGUUGGACUCUGCAUUUGGUGCACUGAUGUACUAAUGGUGUAAUAAAGCUGCUUUGAUUGGGUUUCCUCAGUCGUCUCCCAGUCGUCUCCUUCAGGUUCUAUUUUACCAUUAAUUUUCUUUCUAGUCUUCUUUGUUCUUGUUCUCUGUACCCUCAUAAUUCAGGGGAGAGGCUUGGGGAGAGAUAGGGAGUCAAGAGAGAUGAAGAAAGGAGAUGUCCAGUCCAAGUGAAUUAAGCCACAAGUCUCUCUUCCUGCAGCAUUUGCGGCCACUCUGCUGUAUAUAAAUAUGUGCGUGUGUGCGUGUGUGUGUGUGUGUGUGUGUGUGUGCGUGCGUGUGUGCGUCCAUGCCUGGCAUUCAGCUCCAGGGUUUUCCCCAUACCACUUCAGGACUGAGCUCAGCUGCACAAAGGGGCUGGGUGUGAAGCCAGGGGUACUAGCCCUAAUCCUGUUGUAGAUCCCAUCAUGUCUGCAGGCUAGAUGUGUAUGUUUGGGAGGGAGGGAUUGUUAGGCAGUAUUUGUUUGUAAAGCCACUUGCUCUUCAGAUAAUACUUGCACUAACUUCUAUUGAAGAAGCAGUGUGAGCCCCAGCAAAGUCCUUUCCCAAAGUGUCUUUGAAGCCAAGAACCCAUUGAAGGGAAGAAAGGCCGGGAGAGGGGAUUAGUUUGUUCAGCAGCUGUGAAUUUCAGUGGGAGGUUGAUGAACUCCGAAGUCUUUGUUUAAAUUAAAGGGGGGGAGAAAAAAGCCGCUGUUGGAGCGAGAGCCCCACUUGGGGCCCUGAACUAACACAAGGAGAAGUCUGAGCUGCAGGGAGCUGUGUACUGACUGCGGAGACUUUUCCCAAACACUUUCGGAAAAGGUGUUGUGAGAAGACAAGGGGGCGGAGUGAGGGAUUAGCAUGUGAAAUGAAGUUUUCAUUGACUCCAGUGGGGGUAGAAGGUUAUUUUAAUGGCAUUUUGUUCCCUUAUUUUCGCUUCUUGAGCUCUUUAGAGAUAUUGUUUUGCUAAGGCAGGCUUUCUUCCCCUUCUUUCCAGUCUGAGGAUUGCCUCUAUGGGAGCCAACAUAAAUAUUUCUCCUCCAGGAAUGCGGGUUAAUUAAAAGGAAAUGAAUGAGUGGAAGCAUCCAAUCCAGACCCACAAUAGGCGAGUGCCCUGGCCUGCCCUCCCCUCCCACCACCACCAGCACCACCAGCGCUGAGGACGACCCUGUCUCUGUCUUUGCCCUAACCUGCUGCUAAGGCCAGUUGAGGCUGGGAUUCUUUUCAAGAAAAGAAAGCCCUGCCUGUGUGUAAGCUCACAGGCCAGGGACAGGAAGGAGACAGUGUUUUGCCCACCCCAACCAGUGUCCUUGUCACUUCUUAGGACCUCCCUCUGCCUCUGUCCUUAAGUUGAGACAGAUGGGCUCCUGAAAAGCAUACAAGAGGAGGGAAGGGGCCUGGGUUCCAGUACUCACCCCACAGUAACUUACUAGUUGAUGGAACAAGUGAGUUAUCUUUCUUAGCAUCAGUUUUAAUCUGUGAAACUAAAGGUUUGACCUAGCUGUCCUCCCAGACAACAGUUCUGGAGUUGUCCGCGUUUGUAAAGGGGAACGCUGAGCCCCAGCGACUGAGUAUAGACCACAGCCUAGUCUUCGUGAACACAAGGACUGUGCCUGCGUGUUGUUCACCACUCUAUUUCCACUCUGGUAUUUGUUGAAUGAACACAUGAAUAAAUAGAUAAUGCAAGAGGGGAAAAAAUACAAUACAGAUCUAAGGUAGCUGAGUAAUGUUUUCUUUAUAGAACGCAAAUGAAUCUGGCAUCAAUCGUAUCUAUUUUGGGAUGCAAAACAAUAACCUAUUAAAGAACUUUCUGGCAACGUGACAUCUUUAGAAUCCUGGCCUGCAGUUAUCAAAAUGAAGCACAAUAGUUCCCAUACUUUUAUGCUGAGAGGUCUGGAGAACGCAGCUUUGCUUUACAACACUGGGCUUUUAUAUUUUCUAGCUGCCUUGCCAGACUUUCUUCCUGUACACUAUCAAGUAAUUCUGUCAAGUGGGACAGCUAGGUUAGUACAUACUGCUGCUUGAUUAGAUGAGAAGGGCGAGUUGGGGAAUUUAGGAGGCCCGGAUAAAAGCUGAGGGAAGGAGCAAAGGAGCUUUUGCUGAUAGAGCUGGCAAUGAAGCAUUAGGAGACCUUGAAGGGAAGUGUGUCCCUUGUAAGGAAGUAUGGGGAACCUCUCUCCUCAGUAAGUGUUCGUAGGAUCAGAAGAUAGGAAGGGGUGGGACCAGAGGUUUGGAGUCUGACCUGGCUGUUGUCUAAGUUUGGGAUAUGGGAGCCCCUCCACUCUUACAAGCUGGCCCUUAGAGCCUCAGCCCUUGGUUCCAACUUGGAGCCACUCCUUCUCUGCACCUGCCCCUACUCUGGAUAAAGUGAGGUGGGACUGUCUGCAUCUGACCAGUUCUACUCCAGAAGAGCUGCCUGGUCUCCAGACCCAGGACUGACAUAGAGGAAGGGAGCUGGCUGGCAAGCUCCUUGGGCUGUGGAGGCUCUGUCAGAGAUUGGCUCUUCCUUCCCCAGAGUCCUAUUUCAUAAAUCUCUGCUGUACUGCUUUUCUCUAAGAGUAGAAUCAGAAGACUCAAGCACCACAAGCAGCAAGCUCUUGGGUACUGAGUACAUGUGUUAGUGGAAGAUUUACUAAUUGUUGGUGGCAGAUUCAGCCUCAUGAAAGUCAGGAUAACUACUUAGAGCAUCAGAGAAGUAAGGCUGUAUGGAGGGUGUUAUCCUUGUAAGGUGGAAGGGAGGAGAGGGCUAAAGGCCCAGACCCCAGUAUCCCAGUACCUGGGAAAGCAGGCACACAUCACAGUGACUGCAGUAAAUUAAAGUUCAAGGUGCUGAACUUCCUUUUAGCAACAGUUUCAUUGCAGAAAGUUUACGUCUUGGAGGAAGGUAUCCAGUGCCCUGACUCCUAUCUGUUUGAGAAUGAGGUUAGUAAAAAGGAAGGGUCCCAGUUUUGCCUGCCUUAUGACCCUCCUUUGAAGUGCAGACCAGGGUCUGAAUGGGAAAUUGGCUUUAUUUAGCUCAGCCAUGGCUCAGAGGAACAAGGAACCUUUAGGGGAGAAGUAAAUUUGGUUGCUAAUGUCUAGGAACUCCAUAAAAGCCGAUUGCCAGUCACUUUUUGCUCUUUAAAGUUGCCAUCUCUCUAAUGGUAACUUUAAAGAGCAAAAAAUGACUGGCAAUAAGCUUUUAAUGGAGUUCCUAGCACAUUUUGGGUACGUGUCUGGGGUACCUUGGGUGCUUGUCUGGGAAGAUCUUUCCUCCCACUGGUAAAGUCCAUUGAAGAGUGGUCAGAGAGGGUAUUACAAGAAUGAGUGGCACCUUAGGUUUCAGCAGGUCAGCACUCUAGGGUUCCCACUUCCUCCAUUUUCAACCCCUGCUGCUAGGAUCCAACCCCCGAAGACAUGCUUUUUGCUGGGUCAGUAGGCUCUUCAGGGAAAAAAGGAGAAGGGGAGAGAGAGCAUUCAAAAUUCCUGGAGAGUCUGCCAACUGCAGGAAAUCAGAAGCUCAAGAGGGGCUCUGCAGAAGGAAGUUGCAGCUAUGGCAGGGACCCCACAAUGGAAAAGGAGGUGGGUGUUCAGUUAGAAAAUGGGCAAAAGAGAAAAGCUGUACUUGGUCCCUGCAUAUCUAUGAAGGCUCUUCCAAUUCUAAGGCUUGACAGGCCAGUUUAGGUGUUAAGGCAGCUAGGAAGGGGGGAAGGAACGCCUAUCUCAUCUAGUCCAAGGAAGAUUAAUAGCUCAAAAUCUUAGGAGACUGCCCAGACUUAAUGUGGGCUUGGGAACAGAACUGCAAGAGGGUGCAGAGGAUAACAGGUUGGAAAGUGGUAAACUCCUGAGAGAUGGCAAAGCAGAGCCUCUCCCUCUAAGGCUCCCUGGGCUUGGGAGUGCUGGUCCCCAUUCCCUAGAUUCCUCUAAUACUGGAAUCCCUAAGAGAAGCCAAGGACAAAUGGGGAAAGAAAGGAGAGGAGACCCUUAGGAUUUUCUCCCGGGCUUGUGCGCAGUGCCCCCCCGCGGCCGGUCCGCGCGGCUACAAAAGUACUUGGUGACCCGCCGAC